UUCAGGUAUAAAUGCAAGGGUUAAACAGGGCAGAGCGUCAGUUCACUAGCUGGAAACUGCUCCAACAAACAAAACAUCUGUGACGAACAACAAACUCACCAUGACUAUGGGCAAGAUCAUCUUCUAUGAGGACAGGAACUUCAUGGGUCGUUCCUAUGAGUGCAGCAGCGACUGUUCUGACCUGUCCUCCUACCUGAGCCGCUGCCACUCCUGCAGGGUGGAGAGCGGCUGCUGGAUGGUCUACGACCGACCCAACUACAUGGGCAACCAGUACUUUAUCAGGAGGGGCGAGUACAAUGACUACAUGCGCAUGUGGGGCAUGAGUGACUGGGUCAGGUCCUGCCGUAUGAUCCCUAUGUACAGAGGACCCUAUAGAAUGAGGAUCUACGAGAGGGAGAACUUCAUGGGCCAGAUGAUGGACGUGACUGAUGACUGUGAUUCCAUCAUGGACCGCUACCACUGGUCCGGUGGCUGCCACUCUUGCCACGUGAUGGAUGGCCACUGGCUCAUGUACGAGCAGCCCCAUUACAGAGGCAGGAUGUGGUACUUCAGGCCUGGAGAGUACAGGCACUUCAGAGAGAUGAUGGGCAUGGGCGGCACCAGGUUCAUGAGUAUGAGGCGCAUCCUGGAUUCCUGGUACUGA